UUUCUCACUUUAAUCAUCUGUAAAUUGACUUCACAGUUUUUUGUUUUUUUUUUUUUGAACAGCUUGACUUCACAGUUCACACCACCUACUCUCAUCUUCCCAUAUAUAAUAGUAAUCCUGUAACUAAAUUAAACUCACAAUGGCUUCUGUUGUGAAACUUGUAGUGAUGGGGUUGUUCAUUUGUGGCGAGUUGGUAAUGGCUGGUGAAGAAAAGACGAAAGGUAGUAGUACUUUACCAAAGCGUUGUAGUUAUGCUGGACUUUACAACUUUGGUGACUCGAAUUCGGACACUGGUGGUAUCUCUGCAGCAUUUGUCCCAGUUACGUCUCCCUAUGGUAUGACGUUUUUCAACAAGCCCGUUGGACGGCUAAGUGACGGCCGCCUUGUUUUCGACUUCCUUGCCAACUACAUCGGGCUACCAUACGUGAGUGCAUACCUGGACACUAUCAACACAGACUAUCGACACGGUGCCAAUUUUGCAACAGGAGGAUCAACAAUUCGUAAGCAAAAUGAAUCCAUAUACCAGAAUGGCAUCAGUCCCUUCUCUCUUGAUAUCCAGACCAUUCAGUUCACCCAAUUUAAAGCUCGAAUCAUCAAUCUAUGGAGUUCAAGUCAUCCAACUGCUGAUAAAAGCCAGCUCCAAAGGCCUGGUGACUUCUCAAAAGCCCUUUUUACUUUGGAUAUUGGCCAAAAUGACCUGUCUGUGGGGUUUCGAACACUUGAUGAGAAACAACUACGUGCAGCGAUACCUGACAUUAUCAGUGAAUUCGCCCUUUCUGUUCAGCAACUGUAUCAACAAGGGGCAAGGUGGUUUUGGAUUCACAAUACAGGACCAGUUGGGUGCUUGCCCGUGGCAACAUUUUAUCUUAGAAACCCAAAACCUGGUUAUCUUGAUCGCUAUGGGUGCAUCAGGUACCAGAAUAACAUGACAAUGGAGUUCAACAACCAGCUAAAAGCUCAGGUUAUCAAGCUUCGUUCACAACUAUCUGAUGCUGCCAUAACAUAUGUUGAUAUCUACACAGCCAAGUACAAGCUGAUCAGUAGGACAAAAGAAUAUGGAUUCAAUGAUCCGCAUAAGGUAUGUUGUGGGUACCAUGAGAAUGAUGUCCAUAUCUUUUGCGGGAACACAGGAAUUGUGAAUGGGACAAAAGUUUUUGGUGAUGCUUGUGCUAAUCCUGCAGCGUAUGUGAGCUGGGAUGGAGUUCACAUGACUGAGGCUGGGAAUCAGUGGGUGGCUAAUCACAUACUAAAUGGAUCGUUAUCAGACCCACCAAUCCCAGCAACACACGCUUGUUAUAGGCAUCUAUAAUCCUAAGAAGCUAGAAAUGUACUUUCUUUUGGACUGUGCUUUUGACAUACUUGAGUCUUCCUAGUCCAUGUAAUCCAUGUAAACCGCGCAUUCCAUAUGAACCGGACCAAGUUUUCUUAUUUCAUGUGAUAUGUGUGGCUUUUUCUCAAAA